AUAUUAACUAGCGAAGAUUGGAAUGAAGCAAUGUAUAAUGGAAUUCGUUCAUAUUCAAAUAGUCGUGUUGGUAUAAUGGUCUGCUUGUAUUAUGUUAUACUGUUUAUUUGUGGAAACUACAUUCUACUUAAUGUAUUCUUGGCUAUUGCUGUUGAUAAUUUGGCUGAUACUGGUCAAGUUGAAGAGAAAAAAGAUGAAGCAACUGAUGAUAAUGAUACAGAACAAGCUGGAGCCGGUAGUACUACAACAACAGCUGGUGGCGGUGGCGGUACGGAAGACGCCGGGAAAAUUGGUAGCAUUGGUGGCGGUGGAGGCUUAGACGUUAAUAAAGACAAUAAACCAUAUGGAAUGUUAAACGAUCGAAAAUUAUCCAAUAAUACAAGUAGUAAUCCAGAUGGCCAGUUAUCAGAAGUACAUCAUGAAUUUAAUGAUGUUACACAAUUAUUGGAUCAAUUGAAUCUGGAUCCAAUCAAUGAAGAUACUGAAAUUGACCGAUCCAUGUUCGACAGAGAUGAGAAAUGUAAAGCCAAUGAUACUGAAAAUAAUCAACCUGGAGAUGAAACUAAUGACAACAAUGAACAUUUAGAUGAAAAUGAUGAUAAAGAUGCAAAAGAUGCCUCAAAUUCUCGACGUCAUUCAGAGAUGAGUUCAACAAAGAAAAUAAAACCAAUACCGAAUGCAUCUUCAUUUUUUAUCUUUAGUCCAACUAAUCCAUUUCGUGUAGCCUGUCAUGAAGUUUGCAAUCAUAAUUAUUUUAAUAACAUUGUCCUUGUAUGCAUAUUGGUCAGUAGUGCUAUGCUUGCAGCCGAAGAUCCGUUAGACGCUUCAUCUGCGCGUAAUCAGAUUUUGAACUACUUCGAUUACUUUUUCACAUCAGUCUUCACGGUAGAAAUCACCUUGAAGAUAAUUACCUAUGGUUUGGUAUUGCAUAAGGGUGCAUUUUGUCGAAGUGCAAAUAAUAUGCUAGACUUUAUGGUAGUCCUUACCUCGAUUAUCUCUUAUCCAAUUGAUAUUGAUACAAUAUCUGUGGUGAAAAUUCUUCGUGUUUCACGUGUCUUACGUCCACUGAGAGCAAUUAAUCGUGCAAAAGGCUUGAAACAUGUUGUCCAAUGUGUUGUAGUCGCUGUAAAAAGUAUCGGUAAAAUAAUGAUGGUUACUUUUCUGUUGGAAUUUAUGUUUGCUGUUAUUGGUGUACAAUUGUUUGCGGGUAAAUUUCAUUCAUGUACAGACAGUUCACGUCUUGUACCAAGUCAAUGUCGUGGUCAAUAUAUCACAUAUGAACUGGGUGAUAUUAGUCGACCAGUGGUAUUGGCACGUGUAUGGUUAAAUAAUCCAUUGAAUUUUGAUAAUGUACCCAAUGCUAUGCUUACUCUAUUCGCUGUAUCAACAUUUGAAGGUUGGCCGGGUCUACUGUAUAGAUCUAUUGAUUCAUAUGCUGAAGACUAUGGUAGUGUAUAUAAUAAUCGACCGAUUGUUGUCAUUUUCUAUGUUGCUUAUAUCAUUGUGAUAGCCUUUUUCAUGAUUAAUAUAUUUGUCGGUUUUGUUAUUGUCACAUUUCAACAAGAAGGGGAACAAGAAUACCGGAACUGUGAACUAGACAAAAAUCAGCGCAAGUGUAUUGAAUUCGCUCUGAAAGCUAGACCAGUGAAACGGUAUAUACCAAAGGAGAAUUUUCAAUAUCGUAUCUGGUGGUUUAUCACUUCACAACCAUUUGAAUAUUGCAUUUUUAUCUUCAUAUUAAUUAAUACAAUAUCAUUGGCAAUGAAAGUUGAAGGACAACCAAUGGCUUAUGCAGAAGCACUGGAUUAUUUGAAUAUUGUAUUCACCGGUGUAUUUACAGUGGAAUUUGUUCUGAAGUUAACUGCUUUUGGAUUCAAGAAUUACUUCAGUGAUCCGUGGAAUGUAUUCGACUUUAUUAUUGUCGUUGGAAGUUUCGUGGAUAUUAAUAUGUCACAUUUAGCUGCAAAUUCAAAAUUUAUCAGUAUAAAUUUUUUUCGUUUAUUCCGUGUAAUGAGACUUGUGAAAUUAUUAAAUCGUGGUGAAGGUAUACGAACACUGUUAUGGACAUUCGUUAAAUCCUUUCAGGCAUUACCAUAUGUUGCCUUACUCAUCAUAAUGUUAUUUUUUAUCUAUGCUGUCAUUGGAAUGCAAAUGUUUGGUAAAAUUGCUUUAAUUAAUCCAGAUAGCUCAAUAAAUCGUAAUAAUCAUUUUCAAACAUUUCCACAAUCAUUAUUAGUAUUAUUUCGUUCUGCAACUGGUGAAGCAUGGCAAGAGAUUAUGUUAAGCUGUGUUAAUGAUCAUACUGUUAAAUGUGAUCGAUACUCAGAUACAGAAAUGAAAGCAAUACGUAGUUUUUUAGAUGAACAAUUUCCAGUUUAUUAUAAUUUAAACGAUACAUCAAGUAAUUCUGAUAUAAUCAUGAAUGGAAAAAGUAAUACGUCAAAAACACCAAUUAUUACUUUGUCGAAUUAUUCAACAAACAAUGGACACACUUUUCAUUCAUUAUCUACCACUUCUACUCCCAUAACUAUUACUGACAAUAGAGCAGAUUAUAAUACAUGGAAUAUAAUCGAUAGUGGAUUAAUUCAUGCCAACCACAAUCAAACAUCAUCAACACUGCAUUUAUUACAUUCACCUCCAACGUUAAUGACACCAGAUAAUCCGUUAGAUUUUAAAGAUUGGACGUAUGCAUUUCCAUCUGUUGAAACGAUACACUCAACAGGCGAAGAAUAUGACUUUCCAACAGAUUAUAUAAGUCAACAGCAGAAACAUGUACGAUCAGUACAGAAUCAACCAACAUCAACAUUGUCAACAACAGCAGCAUCAGGAUCAUCAACAGUUUCAACUCCACUGACUUCAACUUCGAAUGAAAUUCAAUCCAAUCAAAUUGUUUAUGAGUAUUAUGAUGAGAGGACAAUCAGUGCAAAGAAAUUAGAAGAGUUAGGUUAUAAUGGUCCAAGAGCUACUUGUGGAUCAAAUUUUGCUUAUCCUUAUUUUAUAUCUUUUUAUAUGGUUUGUUCAUUUCUGAUUAUCAACUUAUUUGUUGCUGUGAUCAUGGAUAAUUUUGAUUAUCUAACACGUGAUUGGUCAAUAUUGGGACCGCAUCAUUUAGAUGAAUUUAUACGUUUAUGGUCAGAAUAUGAUCCUGAAGCAAAAGGAAGAAUUAAACAUCUUGAUGUUGUCACUCUUCUACGCAAAAUAUCACCUCCAUUAGGAUUCGGUAAAUUAUGCCCUCAUCGAACUGCGUGUGUGACAUUGGUCCGCAUGAAUAUGCCAUUGAACAGUGAUGGGACAGUCAUGUUCAAUGCAACACUUUUUGCUUUGGUUCGAACAAAUUUAAAAAUAAAAACUGAAGGUGCAGCAAUUGAUCAACUCAAUGAAGAACUUCGUGCUGUAAUUAAGAAAAUCUGGAAGAGAACAAGUAACAAACUUCUAGAUCAACUUGUUCCUCCUGCAGGUGGUAAUAAUGAUGUUACAGUUGGUAAAUUCUAUGCAACCUUUUUAAUCCAAGAAUGGUUCCGUCGAUGGAAACAAAAAAAGGCUGAAGAACAGAAAGCCUUACUUCAUGGUCAGGGUAAACGUCAUUCAAUAAUGCCUUUCAAGAGCUUUGGUCGACCAAUGAAUAGUCUUCUUGAGACACAAACCAAUGUGACGAAUAGUCUGUUACCCCCGUCUGAGGAAACCAGUAAACGAGGAAGUUCUGGUAGUCUAGGAGAAGGUGACACGCAUCAUAGUCUAUUAGACUCCAUGAAAAAUGUUAUACAACGAGUGGGCAGUUCUUCAAGACGUCAAUCAGAAAUAUCUCACAGUAUAGAUGCUGAAAAAUCCUCGAAUGAUGUCUACCAAUAUUCAACGGAAUCAUCUCAUAUUAAUAAUAAAUCAUCAUCACUAGUACCUAAUCAUCAGCAUCAACAUUUAAGUGGUGUUAACGAGAAACCAAAACUCCUCAGUGCACCGCAUACACCUACCGUAGAUCAUUUAACGCCAAUAACACGACGUAUUGUAUUGCCAACAAUAAAUCAAGGCAGUCAUGAAGAUGAUUGGGAUGUUGAAAUGGUGGAUGGUUUUGGGGAAGGCAAGAAAUUAAUGCAAGGAGAUAACAAGACAUCAGAGAAAUUCUCUGCCUAUCCUGACAAUCAUUAUUCUAUUGAUGGACGACUGGUAAAUAAUAACAAUCAUAUUGAUAAUCAUAAUAAUAACAAUAAUAAUAAUAAUAAUAAUACCAGUGGCUAUUCAGUUGACAGUAAACGACAAGCCAAACAACAAUACUUCCUGCGAUUGAAAAGCGAUGAUAUUAGUGUGCCAGUUAAACGAGACGACGUCAGUCAUAAUAACAAUAAUAAUUAUGAUGGUGGCUUUAAUAAACGAUUUUUAUCUCCAUCAAACCAUCCAAUGAUAAGAUCUGGACUGCAUGAGAUACCAAACCACCGGUUGAAUUCAUAUCCACAAACACCACUACCCGUUAACACAACAUCAUCAUUAUAUCGAUUGAACUCGCCUCGAUAUGCCACAUCAAAAUCUAUCGAUGCUUUAACAGCUGAUGUUGAACAAGUGAAUAAAAUACCAAAUAACCUCCUCAGGAAUGUGACUGUUGUUCAUGACAAUGAUGAUAAAGGCGACUACGACAGUCAUAAUUAUCGUACAACUGAUAGAAAUUCUUCAAAUGAUGAUGACGGUGCAGAAGAGAUGGAAGUGAAAGGAGAAGAAGGCGAAGAAGACGAAGAGGCGUUGUGUUUAAUUCAAAGAGGAGAAACGCCUAGUCCAGCUCCAUCGAUUGGCGCGGCUAUCCUUAGACCAAAUUACUAUCAUUUAUCAGAUGAUAAUAAAUCCAUAAAACGUAGAAAAGUCAUCAAUCCUUCUGAUUUCACUGUCUAUACCAGUAUACCAAGAGAUUUAUUAAUGAAUAAAUUAGGGGAUAAUGCUGCUGGGAAUAAUAAUGCCGGUUAUUCAAGUGGGCAAAUCAAUAAGAAUUUGGAAGAGCUGAUUGAUCUACCAAAGCCUGUUUGGAUGGCAGGUUUACCAGAUUCACGACCUACACCAGAAACUUCUCAACAGUCUCUACGCCUUAGACACUACAAACGUCAACUUCCACAAUUACCUUCAGGUGUUAAGAAAAAAGAGAAUACCUAUGGUUCAAGUACAAGUCAGUUAUCUUCUCCAGUAUUAGUUGACAUUCAGGAACAUGCAAGAAUGAAUUAUUUCAAGACGAAAAAUGGAGAAGCGAAUUACCCCUACACCUCACAGUGGAGUAGGACAUCAUACAACAGCAAUAAUAAUAAUAACAGUCAUAAUAAUAAUAAUAAUAACUCAGAUACUUCUAUCCUAUUAUAUCAACCAGCAUCUAUUGAUCCACAUGGACCUGCUCCAAACCCAUCAUUACCUUGGUCACAAUAUACAGAACCAAUUAUAUCUCCACCAAGACAUCAUGAACAGACAAGUAUAGUAGAGAAAGAAUUAUCACAAGUUCAUAUGAAACAGCCUACAACUCCACGACAGAACUGGUUAAGCCAGUUGAUUGGCGGUAGUAGUAGCAGUAGUAGUGGUGGUGGUGGUAAAAAAGACUCUGAUCUCAGCAGUAUGGAGCAUAAGACAACAGGUAAACAGAACUGGACAUAUCUUGAAAACUGUGAUCUGCCUUUAAGACAUUUAGCCCCGUCACCACCGCCACCACCUGCACCAAAGCCUAUUUUAUCAAAUUUAAACGAAGAUUUAUCAAAAAUCAAUAAUUAUUCAACAUAUCAUCUAACUCGUAAUGGAAGCUCAAUGGAAUUUUUAUAA